GAGCUUAGCUUAGUUACGACGUAGUGAUAGUUACUUCUAGUGCUAUUACUAUCGAUCGGCCUUGAAUCGAUAGCUAUCGUAGUAGUUACGAUAGCAAGAAAAUUUGGGCGGGCGGCUGAAACGUAACGUUGGCACUUGGGCGGGCGGCACUCGCGCCAGCGCAUCUCUGUAAACAAAGUCACUUUUUAUUAAAUAUUAACUUUCACUGUGAUAAAUAAAGUCUCACAAUUAUUAGUAUUUACUUCUGCUGCUGAAAUUAUUUGUUCGUCGACGCGCCGCCAUGGGCUCGGAAGAUCCUAUCCAAGAUCCUAAUCAGUUGCUGUCGGUUGAGUUUGAAGUUUUCGGUCAAGUCCAAGGCUGUAAUUUCAUAAAGUACUGCAAGGAGCUGGCGGAGAUGCUGGGGCUGGGCGGCUGGGUGAAGAACUCCAAGAGCGGCACCAUCGUCGGCAAGAUGCAGGGGCUCAAGGGGCCGCUCGACCACAUGAUCGACUGGCUGCAGACGACGGGGUCGCCGGGCUGCAAGAUCGAGCGCUGCGAGCUCACCAACUGGCAGCACCUGGCGCGGCUCGACUACAACACCUUCAGCAUACGCUUCUGAUCGCUUGCAUUUACUUAACCCUUCGAUGGUAGCGAUUCUGAAGACACAAAAUUUUAAGUUAUGUUAUAAAUGUCAAAACGUAAAAUUAUUUGUUGGUACUUAAACGAAAUUCAACAUUUUCAUGUUUCAAAUUUAAGUUUUGACACUAAAAAAAUUAAAUGUUGUGCCUUCAGAAUUGUCACCAAGAAUAAGCUGGAUGGAAUAGAGAAGGAGCUUUUAGCGUGUUGGUACUUUGUGCUAUGUUUAUUAUUUUGUACCGGUUUUUUGUAAUGUUUGAAAUAAAAUAUAUUU